AAGAAAACACCCCGUAAAAAUCAGGAUCCGCUAGCGAGAAGAUAGAAAAAAGAACAAGAAAAGAAAAUAAACGAAAAAGGAAAGCCGAGGGGCUAGAAUGUCAGGUAUGGAGAGGUUGCAGAGGAUGUUCGCCGGAGCUGGAGGUGCCUUGGGCCAUCCACCACCGGACUCCCCUACCCUAGAUUCUUCGGAGCAGGUCUACAUUUCCUCUCUUGCACUUCUCAAAAUGCUCAAGCACGGAAGGGCUGGGGUGCCAAUGGAAGUUAUGGGCUUGAUGCUUGGAGAGUUUGUGGACGAGUACACAGUUCGUGUUGUUGAUGUUUUUGCGAUGCCACAAAGUGGAACUGGUGUUAGCGUUGAAGCUGUUGACCAUGUUUUCCAGACUAAUAUGCUUGAUAUGCUCAAACAGACCGGGAGACCAGAAAUGGUGGUAGGAUGGUACCAUUCUCAUCCUGGAUUUGGCUGUUGGCUCUCUGGUGUUGACAUAAAUACUCAGCAGAGUUUUGAAGCUUUGAAUCAGCGAGCAGUAGCAGUUGUGGUAGAUCCUAUUCAGAGUGUUAAAGGAAAAGUGGUGAUUGAUGCAUUCCGUUUAAUAAACCCACAAACUAUGAUGCUUGGCCAAGAACCAAGACAGACAACAUCAAACCUUGGGCAUCUUAAUAAGCCAUCAAUUCAAGCCUUGAUCCAUGGAUUGAACAGGCAUUAUUACUCAAUAGCCAUUAAUUACAGGAAGAAUGAACUUGAAGAAAAGAUGCUGCUUAACCUUCAUAAGAAGAAAUGGACUGAUGGAUUGACACUACGUCGGUUUGACACCCAUUCGAAAACAAAUGAACAGACUGUUCAGGAGAUGCUAAACUUGGCCGUCAAAUACAACAAGGCAGUGCAGGAGGAAGAUGAAUUGCCACCAGAAAAGUUGGUAAUUGCCAAUGUUGGGAGACAAGAUGCCAAGAAGCACCUUGAAGAGCAUGUCUCUAACUUGAUGUCAUCCAACAUAAUCCAGACUUUGGGAACUAUGCUCGAUACUGUGGUUUUUUAGAGGACUUAUUGUCGUACUUCUCAACUAGGACAGUACUAAAUUCAUUUUCUACAUUAAUAUGAGUUUGUUUUCUCUCAAUUGCAUCAUAAAGGACCAUUUGUUGUAGCUUAUUUUCUAUGUUGGAAUUUUAUGUAAACCAGUAACGGAUGGAUGGGCAUCUCAACUUCUUCUUUUUGGUUUCCCCUGAAUGUAGACAACGCUUUAUUUGGAUUAAAAUGAAUGUCAUAAAAACAGGAACGUUUAUGUGCA